AAUCUUUUAAACCGUCGUUAUCAACAAGUAAGCAGGUUUUCAAAACAGUAUAAGUUAUGAAUUUGAUAUUGAAGACGGAAUAGAGCAAUUGAUUGAAAGCGAUAUAUCUUAACCAGAAAACAAAGGUAUCAAGGAAAUUUGCUUGGAGAAAUACAAAUCAGAAAAUGGACAAUAUGGAUAUAAAAGAUAAACAAGAUACAUCAGUGGAAGAGUCCACCGAAAUCCACCCGACUGAGAUCAGGCCACCAACACUGUUCCUUCCACAUGAUGUAUUUCUCGUAGUGGAAGGUAGUCAGCUACACAUUUGCAAGCAGGUGUUAGCGGAGAAAUCUCCAGUGUUUGAGCAAAUGUUCCAAUCAGAGUUUAAGGAAAAAGAUCUCACGGAAAUUCCCCUGCCAGGCAAGAAGUUAAAGGACAUGGUUGAAUUUUUAAGGAGUUUUUAUGACCCCGAAACUAUUCGUCCGAUUACGGAUGAUACGGUUUUUACUAUUCUUCCACUCGCAGAAGAAUACCAGGUGUCAAAGGUUAAAGAGAGAUGUGUACAUUUCAUCACCCAAACACUUCAAAAGGCUAUUAUCAAUGAAAUUCAACGGCCUGAUCUUCACACUCUUUUGAAGUAUAUUUCCUGCGCAGAACUAUAUAACUUGUCCUCUGUUUUACCACUCGCCAUAAUUAUGUGUGCAAAAUACACCAUCAAAUCACUGACAGAAACCUCACUUCAAACUCCUGUUUCCGGGGAGACGCAUGUAAAAAUUUGUACAGAGAGAACAAAGCUUACUGAAACUUUAACAAAAGAGAGAAUAGAAAAAGGUAACAAUAAUUUAUAAUCACUUAUCGCAGUACUCGUAAUAGAACAA